CCGCGACGAGAAAAUCUUAGACACAGAUGACAUACAAGAAGACGAAGUGGAGCAAAUGGACGUUGUUGAAAAAGACAAUAUCCCGCAGUCUAACAGUAAUACACGAAGUGAAUCAUCGAAACGCAUGGCUCCUAAGCCACUAAUACCUCAAUCACCUCAAACGUUGCCAAUGAAGACACAACAAACAUACGAUCCUCAAACAAUAACAUCCUCACAUGACAAUCAGCCACAAACUGGUGGAAACCUUCAACGACCACCAGUACGCGGAAAUCUUCACUGGUCGCCAUCACAAACACACAGUAAAAUCCAGCAUUCACAAACCGAUGAAAACGUACCAGAUUUACAAGCAGCUGCAGCUACCCGCCCUCAUGCAACCCGGCAAAUUCAACGACCAGUCAGCAAUGUUUUUUCGCAAAGAUAA